GGCUAGAAAUUUCCCAUCCCAGCAGAAAAUACAUUUGAUUCCGAGAAGAGUCUCACUUUUCUCCCAGCAUUACCCAUGCCGCCAGACCCGACGAAAGGCAAGUUAAAGCGCAAGUCGAGCCGUAGGGAGGGAGAGGAGUUUCGAUUCGACGGUGGCCACGCGCGAGAGAUCGAGCAGAAAAGGAAUAAUGGACAAAUCUCGUGUGCUGAGUGCAGGAGGCUCAAGAUAAAGUGUGACAAGCAGAUUCCCUGCCAGUCAUGUCAGAGACGAGGUUGUGCUGCGUUGUGUCCAAAUGGCAGCUUGGCUACUGGACAGGGGACCCGCUUUGUCCUGGCGGCAACCGAGCAUCUUCAUCGGCAGAUAGCCAGUAUGAGUGGACGUAUUCGGCAAUUAGAAGACGCUCUUGGAUCCCUUCAGUCACAGCAUUCGACAGAACCUCAUCCUCUUCUUCGCGACGACCUUCGUGGCGUGGAUCAAAAGGACGAAUAUGGCAUUGUUGCUGGAGAUAGCGCUGCGGGACCGUCGAAUCCUCCAGAGAUCCUGGACGCAUUUGGAACGCUUUCCAUCACUGAUCACGGCAUAUCACGGUUUUUCGGCCCCACAGGCGGAUCUGAAUGCUUGUUGAUGGCGGAUAAAGUUCCACAAGAGACUGCAGAUGCGUCUAGUCCAGAAUCCGGAAGAGACUCUAGGAGCCCUGGAUUACCGCAAGAAUUUAGGAUGUUUUCGCAGGCGUUCCCUUUCACCCCCAUGGGUCCGGUAGCAGCUGUUCAGGAUUUGAUAGAAAGUCAUCUGCCACCUAUGGAACGGGCCAAGUACCUUGCGCAGACUUAUCUCGAACAAGCUGGCUGGCUGUUUCGCAGUGUGUCUCAGGAUCAAGUGAUGGAAGAGUUACUUCCAAUAUAUUACUCAAAUGGCCCUGCGCCGCCGUCGGACGAAACCAAAGGAGCUCACGACCUUGGUCUUCUUUUACUUGUUUUUGCCGUUGGAGCUCUCGUGGACCUUGCGCAGGAACCGUCCAACGCUGAGGCUGAACACUAUCAUCAACUUGCCCGUGCUGCCAUCUGUUUGCGGCCGGUCUUGGAAAAGCCCUCCCUAAUUACUAUUCAGGCGCUUCAUCUGUUGAGUAUCUACAAUGCUAUGAGUGGCAAUGAACUUGCGGCCAAAGAGACCAGCAUGGAAACGACAUGGUCAUUGCUUAUCCUUGCUGCUCAUCUUUCCCAAACCAUUGGUCUUCAUCGGGAUAGUGCAAAGUGGGGUCUUCCUGCCAAUGUCGUGCAAAGACGGCGCAUUCUCUUUUGGGAUCUCUUUGUUGCUGAUGCCUGGAAUAGCUUAAACACCGGACGCCCGCCGAGUUUUUCCUUAGCUUACAUAGACUGCCGUUUCCCAGACGGCGGGGGCGACGGAGAACUUGGUCAUCAAGCAGAAUUCGCGUUAUGGGGAAUCAGGUAUGCGGCCGAGUGUGUCGCAGAGGUCGCCACUCGUACCUUGACGGCUGAAGCGCCGAGUUAUGCGGUAAUCAUGGAAAUUGAUCGUAAAGUUCGCGAGUUUCCGAUCCCGGAUCCUGCGGCUCUAAUCGCCUCUUCGGCGUCCGGUACCUCGCCGCCACCAAUUUCUGAAGAACUGCUGAAGAACUCAGAGACAAUGGGCCGUCUUGUGAUGUCUCACUCUCGAGAAACUUUGCUACUUUACAUUCAUCGCAGUUUCUUUGCGCAGGCUAUCAUUGAAAACCCUGUGAAUCCGUUAAAGAGUGCCUACGCGCCAUCAUUUUUGGCUGCUUACCGGGCGUCUCAGACGAUACUGCGAACCGUCCAACAAGCGUUUCAGGAAUAUCCCAGUCUCUGUGCUCGCUUUUGGACUGUCUGGACCUUUGCAUUUUCUUCUGCCAUCGUCUUCGGGACAAUUGUCACUCGAGGCCCGCGGUCUCCACUGGCGUCUAAUGCUAUGAAGGAAUUGGAUGAUGCCUGCCUUCUUUUCUCAAGGGCAGCUGCACAUAGCAGACGUGCUGCUCAAGCCUUGCCAAUCCUUACGAAACUGAGCGAGAAGGCGCACAUAGCUCUCGCUGCUGCUCAGCAUGAACAGCCAUCACAACAGCUUGGUCAGCAAUGGAGCGUGAAAGUAGAGCAAGAUGAUGAUGAACUCGACAUCUUUGCUGGAAGAACUAGAUUCGUGUCGGCGAAGCGACCUUCAGGUCUCCCUGCAGACUACCCGGAGGCUUCUUCUAGCAGCAGCACAUAUCUAGAAGCUGGUUCCACCGAGCAGCAAACUGCCCAAUUAUAUCGCUCGGAAUCUUCAACUGACUGGACUCAGUCAGCUUCGAACCGUGGUGGUCGUUAUGAUAUGCAUCACUCUGACGAUCUCCCAGCACCUAGUGCAAGCACCAGCAUUCCGACCCACCUAUGGCGACAGCCCCAGAGUUCUGAUUAUACAUAUCCUCCCCAGCAUCAUGUCUCCCAUUCAGCUGCAUCGCAUGUACACCAAGCGCACCAUGCUCCUGCACCUGUCGUGGGGUCGUCCACCUAUCACUGGGCCCCAGCGAGCGAAUCCUCGCAGCAAUAUAGUCAGACUCCGCUUACAGCUCCGCCCCCCCAGGCGCACGCUUUUCACCAAUACAGUUCGUCUUCUGCGGCCUCGUACCAUGGCCAACAUAAUCGGUCACUGCCUUCGGAACUCGCUGGACUCGGCUUGGUAUCACAGGAUUCGAGACUUGAUGAACGUUGGACGUCCUUUAUGCGGGAAUCAGGUUAUUUUGAUGGGGUUGGGUACAGAACGCAGUGACAAACUGUUCUCGGGUGACUACUUUUCUAUUCAUAUGUCAUUAUACAUUUUGUAUUACUUUUCUUGCUUAUUCGAUCAUCGUUGUCAUAUCUUCAUCUUUCUCGACAAGCUUGGCCCAGUCCUGCUUAUGGGGCGACGGUUUUUUUAACGACCCUAUACCCAUAUUGUACAUACAGGCAUCGACCAUAUAGUAGUUCUUGAAACACAAUUAUCUUGCUGCCUUAGAAGCAGACUCCAUCCACUUCAAGUUGGCGGGGGCGUCAUCCUGCAUGGUACCGCCGAGUGGGGAUGGAAUCUACCUUGAAAGUGUUGUGUAUUUAACCCUUCUGUAGCCCCAAGUCCAACCCAAGUCUGUGAUUGAACAUAGAAUUAUUUUGCCAAUUCACGAAUACGAAGUAACUUUUAAGUUAUCUUGC